CGGCUCUUUCUGACAGUGGGGCUACUCUACUCUCUUCAGUCUCCGCUGCUGUCUCUCUAUCUGACCGUGGCUAUGUUGAGGACCGGCAAUUAUCGGAACAUGUAUCAAGGGGAAGGCACGAGGCUGCGUGGCGGGAGUCUGGGUGGCGCGCGGGAAAGAAAGCGUCUUGCCCUGUGCAUCAACCAGGAGGAAGAGAAGAGGUACCAUCGCUUCUGCAACCAUGGUGGAGGACAACAAAUGCUUAAGAUGGAGAGACAUGUUUACCUGAGGAGUGAGGAAGCGGAUGACAACAGUCCUCGUUGCCUUGAGCAGCAACGCUACUGGGAGACCAAGGCCAUUGUAAUUCAGCGGGCCUGGCGUGCCACCCUGUACCGCAAAGUGAGCUGGCAGGGGGACUGUGAGAACUGUAUGCAUCAUCAGCUUGGGACGGAGUCACUGGAGCCCUACCAGACAGCCGUGAUGGAUGAGUUUGGCCAGGACCUCUCUCUGGAGGAACUGAAGAGCCUCCAGCCUGGCCUGAAGCAUGUCAAUGAUGAAAGUGUUCAGCUGCAGAGUCACCAGCUGACUACAGACCUUGAGAACAACUUCAACAUGUCCCCACUGGAGACCAAAGUGUUGAUUAUCCAGCGCGCCUGGCGUGACUUCCUCCAGAGACAGGAAGUGAUGCAGAAGAGGAGCCCUUCCCCUCCCUCCCUCUCCUCCUCUGACAAGAUGAGCAUGUCCAUCAGCAUGACCACUCUAUCAGAUGGCAUCACCCCUGACUACCGGGAGGAUGGCAUGGACUUGGGGAGCGACGCCUCCAGUCGCUCCAGCUCCGAGUCCAACUCCAACAAGGUGACACCCUGUUCUCCCUCCUUAGACCUGGCAUGCCUGGAGGACUACAAGUCCUCCCCAUCCCCGGAACUGGCAACCCUGGAUGACUACAAAUCCUCCCCAUCUUUGGAACUGGCAACCUUAGAAGGGGACUACAAAUCCUCUCCCUCCCUGGAUCUGGCAACCCUGGAGGAUGAGGACUAUGAGGGGGAUGAGGACUACCAGGAGUACAAGAAGAAGGUGAUUGAGGAGUGGAAGAGCGAGUACGGGGACGACUACAGCUCCCAGCAGUCCCCUGGCCAGGAGGAGGGUGGGGUUGUGGUUGGUGCGCCAGGCGGAGGCUUCAGGAAGCCAGUGAACAGCCGCAGUCUGGCUGAGGAGUUCCAGGAUGUGAAGCCUCCACCCCUUCCUCCUCACAGUGGACACACAGCCACCUUCGCUGCUGCCGUGCCUGAGGAACUGAAACAGAAUGGCAACCUGAUCCUGCCCCACUCCCCUACCAAGCCCCUACCCAGGGGCACGGGGGCCACCAAGCCCAGCCACAGGCGCUCCAGCCGGGUCAGAGGCGGCGUUGGAGGAGGGGGUGUUGGUGGAGGAGGGGGAAUAGGAGGACGGAUGGGGGGAUACAGAGAGGAGGAGAUUGUGGAGGAAGAGUCUCUGCCCACCAUGGACUGGGCAGCUCUGGAGAGACACCUGGCGGGGCUGCAGAGCAGAGAGCAGGAGAACCAGAACCUCAAUCACAACCACAGCCUGGGAAAGACCGCCUACACCUCAGCCCAAAAGAAUGAGAGGGAGUCCAUCCGGCAGAAGCUGGCCCUGGGUAGUUUCUUUGACGAUGGGCCGGGUAUCUAUACCAGCUGCAGCAAGAGUGGCAAGCCCAGUCUGUCCUCACGGCUGCAGAGUGGGAUGAACCUGCAGAUCUGUUUUGUCAACGACAGCGGCAGCGACAAGGACAGCGAUGCAGACGACAGCAAGACAGAGACCAGUCUGGACACACCGCUGUCCCCCAUGUCGAAGCAAAGUUCGUCCUACUCUGACCGGGACACUACGGAGGAAGACAGUGAGUCUCUGGAGGACAUGGACUUCCUGAGCAGACAGAAGAAGUUGCAGGCCGAGGCUAAGCUAGCCCUGGCGAUGGCCAAACCCAUGGCCAAGAUGCAGGUGGAGGUGGAAAAACAGAACCGCAAAAAGUCCCCGGUGGCAGACCUGCUGCCCCACUUGCCCCACAUCAAUGAGUGUCUGAUGAAGAGGAGCCUGAAGACUACAGACCUGAGGGACAUGACCCUGGGACAACUACAGGUUAUAGUCAACGACCUGCACUCCCAGAUAGAGAGUCUGAAUGAGGAGCUGGUGCAGCUGCUGCUGAUCAGGGAUGAACUGCACAUGGAGCAGGAUGCCAUGCUGGUGGACAUAGAGGACCUGACCAGGCAUGCUGAGAGCCAGCAGAAACACAUGGCUGAGAAGACACCAUCCAAAUGAGACACCCCACCCAACCUCGCCCCCUUCCCAUCCCUUUACUCCACCCCUGCCCCAUGUCUCUCGCUGCACCCCCUCUGCCUUCCCCUCUCACCCUCACCCCUGGUGGCAGCAGCCAGAGGAAGUCCACCCUUUCAUUUGCUUCUGUGGUUGUCCCAGCGCUAAAGACAGAGCAUUUCCUGCUUCCUGGGAGAAGAGGAAACUGAUUGUGUGUUGUCAUGGAUACUGUCCCCGGCUUCCUGUGCAGUGAUCGGCCUUGCUUCGCUAUUGUUUAUUUUUAACUUUUUACAUUCGCCACUAAAUUAUAACUGUCAAUACAAAAUGGUGGAGAAAAAAAAUAAUAAUAGUGAGAAAUUAGUAGAAAGUCAGUAAAAAAAAAGUAAGAAGAAAAAAACAUUGUAUAAAACUACGAAGACUAAUUUCAAACCAUUUUAAGUUGGAAAGUAAUUUUUUAUUAUUUCAAAGUUGACCUCUUUUUAUUCUGCACAAAUGGUAGUUUUCAACUGAGAAAUGUUUAUUUGAAGGUGCUUAAAGAGUGUAAAGGAAACAUGCCUGCCUUGUAGUGGAGUUGUAGCUUUUGGUAAUACGCUCACUCUGAUCGGUCUUCAACAUUUUGUGAAUGUUGAUUUUCUGACACUUUAAAUGAAAUGAAUAAAUGUGUUAAUAUCAUUUUCAUCCUAUUGUAUUCAGAAUUUUUAUUUGAGGGAAGAAAUGUUUAUGUACAGAUAUGUAAAAUAAAAAAUAAACUUUGUUUCAUA